UCCAAACCGAACCGGAAGUUGUCGGUAGCAUCAAUCAUCACAGGUCAUAGCCAUCAAUCUGUCGUGUAAGAAGAAACAUUACACAGUAUUGUGAUGCAGGCCACAAUGUGGUUCUUAGGCAUUCUGGUGCUGAAUAUUGUGCUACCACUGUGUCUGGGGAAAGAGUCGACUGCAGCCAAUGAGAUGGUGGAACCUCAUUGGGUAGACUUUUGGUUUGUGCGACUGUGUCUCAACAUCCUAGGUUAUGCAACCAUCUUUGUGCCUGGUGCUCUUCUGAUCAAGUACUUCAGGGAUAAACGUUAUAAUGAAACAGCUGGUCCAAGUCUGCUGUCACAGAUGAUCAAGAACUGUGUGUUUGGUAAGGAAACAGAGAAGGGACUUCUGGAACAAGGCGGGUCAUCAAAAGGUAGUGGUGGCAGUGAGGACAAUAGCAACCAGUUUCAGAAAUGUGGUACACUAAUGUUCUGUGUGGCUGGUCUGCAAGGGGCCUACCUUACCUGGGGCGUUAUACAGGAAAGGAUUAUGACAUUUGAAUAUGGAAAAACUGAUACAGAACCAGGAGAAUUUUUCAAGAAUUCUCAGUUUUUAGUGUUCAUCAACAGAAUUUUGGCACUUGCUAUUGGAAGUAUUGUGCUAAUUGCAAGAGCUCAACCCCCACACAAUGCUCCUUUGUUUAAGUAUUCCUACAGUUCCUUCUCCAAUAUAAUGAGCAGCUGGUUCCAAUAUGAGGCCCUGAAAUUUGUCAGCUUUCCUACGCAGGUGCUUGCUAAAGCUUCCAAGGUAAUACCUGUCAUGUUGAUGGGUAAAGUAGUAUCCCGCAAAACUUACGACUACCACGAAUACAUCACUGCAUUGAUGAUAUCAGCUGGCAUUAGCAUGUUCCUUUUAAGUAGUGGUGAUGUCACACGGCACAAAAGCAGUGUAACGACUGUAUCAGGAGUGAUACUGUUGGCUGGAUACAUACUCUUUGACAGCUUUACAUCUAACUGGCAGGGUGAAUUAUUUAGACGAUACAAGAUGUCCCCCAUCCAGAUGAUGACGGGUGUGAAUUUAUUCUCAUGCAUUCUCACUGCAGUCUCUCUGCUAGAACAAGGAGGAUUCUUUGAUUCAUUAGGAUUUAUGAGUCGUAACCCAGCCUUCGUUUUUCAUGCCGUUAUCUUGAGUCUCUGUUCUGCUUUUGGACAAUUAUUUAUAUUUUUCACACUCUCUAGGUUUGGACCUGUGACAUUUACAAUCAUAAUGACCAUUCGUCAGGGAAUCGCCAUUCUGUUGUCUUGCAUAAUCUACGGGCAUCCAGUGACAAUUGUCGGCUUUUUCGGAAUAAUGGUGGUUUUCUUUGCUCUCUUUCUAAAAAUCUAUGCAGGCUAUAGGAAGAGACAAGUUCAGCAGCUUUCAACACAACAGAGCAACAAUGGAGUGUCCAAAGUCUGAUGCAAUAAAUUAAUAGCUUUGUAUAAAUGUUUUGACUGAAGGUGAAUCAGUGUACAUCGCGGACCACGAAAAUAGAGUUAUUAUCCAAUGGAGGAUCCAGGGGGGGUUCAGUGGAGCCCCGCUUUUAAUCUCAGCAUAUUUAUUAAUACUAUUUAUACAAUCUUACCCAGUUUCUUUCAUUUCAACCGACAGAGUACUGUGCUUCGAUAAGAUGUAUAUAAAAAAAAUCUCCUAUUAGAGCUACAAGUACAUGUAUAUAUACUGUGGUACGGUUUUUAAAUAGUAAUUAAGUUGAAUUUGAACCACCUUUGUCGAUCUGCCCCUGUUAUGAAUAGGCCAGUAUGAAUUACCUGGUAUUAGUGGCAAUUCAUGAAGAAAAAAUUAGCUUACAGAUUUUGGGUUUGAAGGACAAGGGAUAUAAAAUAUCACUCCCCUACUACCUAGACAAAGCAAACAUUAUGUUACAACAGCUAUAGUAAAAGCUGGCCUUGGAUACAUUUUGAAUGUUUAGAAAUCGAGUCAAUACACAUGAAUCAAUAAAUUUUGAAAUUGUCUUUUUUUUACAAAUAUUUUUGUAUGACAAAGAUUAUUGACUGUUAUAUAUAUCUGUUGUUGUUAUAUAGUCGCUAUAGUUUUGCACUAUUAAACUUACAUUUUGACACAGCUCUGUUGUAUUCAUUUUGCAGCAGUGGUGUCAUUUAUUUUUUUGUGACAAAAUAUAUUGUAUUUUUUUGUUAUUUAUUCACAACUUGUAAUAUUUCUGCUUGUUUCAGAAAUUGACAAAGUUGAUGAAGUGGGUUUAUAUAUUAAUCAUUUUUGAAUAGUGUGCGAUUUUGACAUUUUAAUGGAAUGUAUAUAACCUGUGGGACUUACAUAAUCUUUUUGAAAUUUGAAGAUGAUACAUGUUCAUAAUUCUAUGUAUACCUUGACAUGAAAAUUCACACAUUUCAUUGAAAGUGAAACUUUAGUUCACUUAAUUAUUUUCUUAUUAUAAAAUAAGUUAUCUGACUUUGUUUAUUAUUAGUUGUUUUGUUUUGUUUUUUGUAUUUUUCAUUUUUUUUAGCUUUAUUCCUAGUACAGUGUAUUGCAUAUUAGUUCAUUAAGGGCAUCAACAUGGUUUUAUGUACAUGUAUAUUAUGAUUAUCAUUCUAUUAUUUCUUGUGAUAAUUUGAAUAUACAUGUACUGGUUUAAACACUUUUCAAUCUCAUUCACUGCUCAUUUACCGCAUUUUAAUUGUGAAAAAUAACUACUGUACUUAAAAAGACAUGCUGGCUUGUAACUUCUAUAACCAAAGGCUGACCAGAUAAUAUCUUCAUUAUUUGCUGUUGUAAUGAAGAUUUUAAUUUGGUAUCAAAGCAAACCAAAGCCUUGAAAAAAACGAAAUAUCUUUUUUUUUUACCCUUUUAUGUGUUUGAUAUUGACAAGAAAGGUAGUCAAAAACCUAUUGUUGAUAGUUACAGGGUGAUGUUGGUGAUGUGUAUUAGACAAAUCUACAUUGGGAUCUUGUCUCCACACCUCAAUGGAGAUAAAUUCUUAAAAAACAUGAAUAGCUGAUAGACAAAGAAAUGCACAGACUAUACGCACUAUAUGUUUGAUAAAAUUGUGAUCAAUUUCAUCUUUGAAAUACAAUAAUAUAUAUGUAUAAGCAAUAGUCAUGUCAUUCCUAUAAUGUUUCAAUUGUAUCGAGAACUUCACAAUCUAUAUAACAGAAGUCAGGCAAAUUGAGCCAAUUUAUAGUAACCUGUCAACACGUACAUCAAUUCCCGCUAAUAAAUCAUUCACCCAAAGUUGAAUAAUAUCCAGUUGUGAAAUUUGUGAUCAUUAUAAAUGUAUUGUACAUUGGUCUACCUUAAGUUAGUAUGAGCUAUAUUUUUUAUUUUUCACUAUUUCUGUCCAGUAACUAACAUCAUAAAAAUGUCUGUUUUACUUAAUGACAAUAAAAAUAUCAAAGAUUGUAAAAAACAUGGUACAUGUAUACGUAAUUCUUAUUGUAAGGAUUUUUAUCUCAAUUUCUUUGUGUUAUGUGAUGAUCUGUACAACUGCUUUAAUUGAAGAUUAUGAUCUGUAAAACUGGUUUAAUUAAAGAUAAGCUACCCAGGUACUCCAUUACACCAGUAGGUACACUGGCUGUCUUCAUUGUAUGGUUUGUAUAUUUUUUUACAAAAAAAAAAAGAAAGAAAAAAAGUGGAGGGCUUUUAUAUACUAGUCUUGGUAUACAUCAAGAAGAAUGAUUGUGAAGGUUAUAUCAUUGAUUUUAUAUUUAAAUGGUUAAAUAUUGUGGUUAUACUGUAUUGUGGUCUUAUUAUUACUAUACGAAAUAAAAACCUAUACUGGGCUACUAGUGUCUGGUAGUACAACUUAUUCACUUAGCUUACUUUCUAUUAAAGCAGACAUCUCCUCCAUUGUUGUCCAAUGUUUUCUUGUGAUAGUGCCCCUGUUGCAAACUUUAUUCUGUGUUUUGUACAUUAGAUCAAUAUAUACCUAUUUUGAUUGUUUUUCUGUGUGAAAUGACAUUGUAAUCUCACUACAUUUUAUGGACAAUUGUGUUUAGAUUGUAUGCCAAAUAUUUUGAAAAUAGGAAGUGUUACUGUAUUUUAAUGAAUUUCCCUUUUUAUGUAUUAGGGGAGAACUUACUUAUAACCAACUUUAUGUUGUAUUGUGGUUUGUAUCAAACCUUGUAAGAGUUUAAAACUGGAGAAAUAGGAUUAUUUAAUUAAUUUUGGUUUUAUUUCUUUUGGGAGUUUUUUUCACAGCACUUGUUUUAUUCCACCACGCCUCUGGACACUGUCCAUCCUAUUAUUUAUUACAUGUAUUGCAUUAGACCAUGCUAGAUUGCUAAUCCCUAUCUAGGACCUAAGUUAGACAAAUCUUUUACCAUAUGCUAUGAUAUCUUGAGUUUAAUUACACAAUUACAGUAUACCCCAACAUGUGACCAGAUUAAAGCCAUUUAGGAAUCAGA